GAACAUUUCAAAAACACCCUAAACCAGCCGGCUCCCGUAGCCACGCACGACUUUACAGUCUUUCCUCCUCCCUAUGAGCUGGAAGUGGACAUGAGCGACAUCAUGGAUGCUGAGGUCGCUGCAGCGAUUCGUCAUCUGAAAAACAACAAAGCACCUGGUCUUGACCAAAUCUCAGCAGAAAUGCUGAAAGCGGGUGGUGAUGAAGUUGUACGGGUGCUCACUACGCUGCUCAAUGACUGCUGGCACAUGGAACGUGUCCCAAAUGACUGGAGACAGGGUGUCAUCGUCAAAUUACCUAAGAAAGGUAAUCUCGCAGACUGUAACAAUUGGAGAGGCAUCACCCUUCUGUCUGUCCCAGGCAAGGUUUUUUGUCUCGUCCUCCUCAAACGGAUACUGCGAGCAGUCGAUCAGGCUCUACGGGACGAACAGGCCGGGUUUAGAAGCGGUCGGUCGUGCACUGAACAAAUCUUUGCUCUUCGAAACAUCAUUGAACAAAGCUCCGAAUAUCAGAAACCGCUCUUGGUCAACUUUAUAGACUUUAAGAAGGCGUUUGACAGUGUCCACCGGAAAUCGCUUUGGAACAUCGCACGGCUAUAUGGCAUUCCACAGCGGUUUAUCGCCAUUUUCCAGAACUUAUAUCAGGAUUCUAGCUGUUGCAUCCGGACGGACACAGGUCAUACUGCCUUUUUCACCAUCGAGACCGGAGUUAGACAGGGCUGCAUUCUUUCACCAUUCUUUUUCCUCAUGAUGAUGGACUUCGUCAUGCGACGAGCACUAACACAGCCAGCGUCUGGAAUUCCGUGGACAGGCCAGGGACGCCUGACCGACCUGGAAUUCGCCGACGAUAUUGUGCUAUUGGCGCAGAAUGGGAAAGUUUUACAGGAGAUGACCACUAGCCUGGAGCACGAAGCAGCCAAAGUUGGGUUACGGAUCAGCACUGACAAGACCAACGUCAUGGCGGUCGGCCGGAUGACGCCGGUGCGGAUCACGGUGAGCAAUCAGCUGAUCGAAGAAGUCAAACAGUUUACCUACCUUGGCAGCAUUGUGGCUGCGGAUGGUGGGACUAACGCGGAUGUCAAUCGCAGAAUCGGCAGAGCAUUUGCAGUCUUCCAACAGCUACAGCUGAUUUGGGCUAGGCGAACUAUCCACACCAACAACAAACUUCGCCUGUUUAAUAGCAUCAUCAUCCCAACCGCCAUCUAUGCAUCUGAAACUUGGACGAGCUCGAGGGCAGUCAUCCACAAGCUGAAUGUGUUUCAGCAACGAUGCCUGAGAAGAAUACUCAGUGUAUCAUACCAUGAUCGUAUUUCAAAUGAAGAAAUUCUAAGAAGAACAAACUCCCGCAGCCUGGCAGAAAUGGUCGUAGAGCGAAGAAUGCGCUUUGCAGGACACAUUCUACGGAUGUCUGACCACCGCCACGCAAAGAUCGCGCUGCGCUGGACGCCGCCACGGGGGAAGAGAAAAGUAGUGCGGCCGCAUAAUACAUGGCGACGAACAUUCAUGGAAGAUCUACGAACGCUCGACGUCAAGUGGGAAGAUGUGGAAAUCGACGCUGCCGACCGAGCCCGCUGGGACUUUGCCUUUGUGGCCAGCGAUAAGGACACGUGCAUGCUGAAGUGCCACGUGUUCCGCUGCAACGCACCAGCUAAGACUAUAGCCUCUGCCCUACAUGAGAUGUGCUCCAAGAUCAUUGCAGAGAAGGCAGCAAUGCCCCCAUCUGUUCCACGAUCACUUACUAUGGAGAGCAUUUCUCCUGAGGACCUGCCUCACCAGGUCAACUUCUUAGAUGCAGUGAGGCAGAGGGUUCAAAAAUUUGAGGUUGAGUACAUCGGAAAUUUGCCCGUCUCCAGAGCAAUGGGGUUAGAGUGUCCUGACCGCGCUCAGAGAGAACAAGAGAGAGCUCUUUCAUCAAAUACUGUUAAGAAGACUUAUCUAUCAUGGUUCCCUGGAGGUGGAGGCAGCUCUGUAAUCGCUGAUGGUGUCUGUAAGCGGUGACUCUGUAUAAAGAAAACAAGGCACAAUGUCAAUGGUCUCCCUAAUCAUCCCACAAGUGCUAAUGGAUAUAAACUUGAUGUGCCAUGUUUUGUGGUCAGUAUUACUGGAAGAAUCAAGUUUGAGUCCAGAAUCUUUUGUUUUAUGUGACCUGAUGAUCCCAAAGAGAAGCAGUGAUGUUUCUAUACUAUUGUCUGCAGUGCUUUCAAGGCAUUUUCCUUUUACCUUUUUUGGAUUUUACUUCAUUUUCCUUGCAAUUUAACUUUUUCUGAUUCCAACCUCUCAUGAGGAGAGCGUAUCUCAUCAUAGCUAGCAAUCCAGAAAAACUCAAACAUGUUUCCAAACCAUGUGAAGAUGCUGCAUGCUUUCAAUGUUAUAGAUAGCUGAAAAGAUGAGUUUGUCUAGAAGAUAGCUUUUCUCUCCGAUUGCCAAGAAGAAGAGGAACACCAUGCCAGAAGCUCUCUUGAUGGCUCAGUCCUCAGAAGGACUUCCAGGGAUUCAAACCUUUCUUCUGGGAGCCAGGGGUACCCUAACACUUAAGUCCACUCUAGGUCUUGCAAAAAAAGUUGCGCCCACAGCAGGCGUGACCUAGGUUUGUAUGAAAACAAACCUGCAAAGGUGGCGCCCUCCAACAAACAGACCCAGAAUCAAUCCUGGGUCUGUUUGUUGGACCUCCUUUUUUGCAAGACCUAGAUUAAAAAAGCAGCUUUCAAAAAGUACCAAAAUGUUUCUGCAGACAGCCUUGGGUCCUAUGUUUUUUGACUUGUUUAAGGCUGUAGGUUUUCAUUUUGUUCUUAAUUUUGUGUUUGGUCCUUGCAGGGAUGGAGGUGUUGAACAGGGCUAUUGAGAGCAUCAUGCACUCUAGAGACAGAGACGAAUGGGAGCCAAUUGUCAUUCACGUGUCAGACACU